AUGGCUACCCCCAGUGUUCUCGCUUUUGACGCUGAGGGUCGGGCCAUUGACUUUGAGGUCUGGGUAGAUGACCUGCAGCUUUUCCUCCAGUGCGAUAGGGCAAACGGUCUCUCCCUCUUUGACCUCACCUUUGGCGCCUCCCCUGCCCCUGCUGCUGACGCUGACGCCACUGUUCGCUCCCAGUGGGCCACGCGCGAUGCUGCUGCACGUCUUGCUGUGCGUCGCCACCUGCCUACCUCCGAGCGCGCACACUUUAGUCAGUACAAGAGUGCUCAGACCUUGUACGACGCUGUAGUUGCGCGCUACUCCUCCUCUGCCACUGCUGCACUGAGCCGUCUCAUGCUACCGUACCUCUUCCCUGACCUUGCUGCCUUUCCCACAGUCGCUGACCUCAUUACGCACCUCCACACUAGUGACACUCGCUACCGCGCUGCGCUUCCUGCUGAAUCUGCGCCAAGAACCCCCCCCCCCGUGUACAUCAUUCUCUACUACUUAGUCACUCGCCUCCCUGACUCCCUUCGCGUAGUCAGGGACCACUUCCUCUCACUCUGUCCCACCACUCUCACUGUUGACCUCCUCGAGAAGUCCCUCCUAGCGGCCGAGAAGAGCAUAGUCGCUGUAGGGGCCUCUCGUGGUGACCCGCGCACCCCCAUCUUUGAGGGGUGUUCCCCCUCCCCCCUACUGCCCUCUGUUGCCUCUGCUGCUCCGGCCGACCUCCUUGGUCUUGAGUCGGUCGGUGCUGCGUCUGCCCCUAGCGGGAGACGCCGCUCUGGCAAGGGCAAGGGGGGCAGGGGCACUGGAGGGGCGAGCGGGGGCGGUGGAGGUGGAGGUGGAGGUGGAGGCGGCGGGGGGAGUGGGGGUGGAGGUGGGAGUGGUGGUGGGGGUGGAGGUGUCGGUGGCGGCAGUGGAGGCGGAGGCGGCGGCGGCGGUGGCAGUGGGAGCGGAGGUGGCGGAGGUGGCGGUGGGAGCGGAGGUGGCGGAGGUGGCGGCGGUGGAGGAGGCGGCGGAGGCGGCGGUAGUAGCGGAGGUGGCGGAGGCGGCGGGGGUGGCGGUGGAGCUGGUCGCGAGUCUACGCAGAGGAGUGGCUCCGGUGGUGGUCCGCGCCAGCAGCAGCAGCGCGGUUGUGAGACCCUGUCCCCUCAGCAGCUCCGUGAGUGGUACACUGCACGCCAGCGGGGUGGGGGUUUUGGUCCGUGCACCUACGUCCUGCGCACCGGCGACCGUGCGAGUACUGGUGAGGCGGCUGCCCUCGGUGCUUGCGACGCUGCUACUCUAGGUGCUAGUGCGUCUGCGUCCUCAGGUACUGGUGAGUCUGCGCUCUCAGGUACUACGUCGGCCUCGGCCUCCCUCACCUUCACACUUGACUCAGGGGCUUCUCGCUCCUUCUUUUGGGACCGCACCACACUCACGCCGCUUAGUCGGCCGGUUGCGGUGUCUCUGGCUGACCCCUCUGGUGGUCUUGUCCUGUCUCACUUCUCCACGGUCCUCCCGUGUCCGGCGGCUCCCUCUGGCACCCUGUCUGGUUCUUACCUCCCCUCGUUCUUUACGAACCUGGUGAGUGGUGCUGACCUACAGGAUGGGGGAGUACACCAGUUCACUCCUGCGCGUCAGCGGGUGACCCACUGCACAGAGGCUAGCACAGGCCGACACCUGGCUACGUUUACCCGUCGGCCGGGGUCGAGCCUGUACACACUGACCACUGCGUCUCCUCCAGCUGUUGAGUCUGGUAGGGUCACUACGUCGGGUCAGGUGUUUGCUGCAGUGUCCAGGUCUGGUCCUGAGUCUGCCCCCUGUUCGUGUCGUCUCCUGUAUCACGAGACUCUCCUCUUGCACCACCGCCUUGGUCACCCCUCUCUGCUUCGGCUCAGAGGCAUGGCCUCCCGUCUUCUUGUUUCUGGUCUCCCUUGGUCCCUCCCUCCCCUUCCUCAGGGCCUUGGCCCUACCUGUGUCCCCUGUGUCGAGGGGCGCCAGCGGGCUGCCCCUCACUCCUCCCAGUUUCCUCCGACAGAGGCCCCGUUGCAGACGCUUCACAUGGACGUGUGGGGCCCAACCCGCGUCCGUGGACAGUGUCACGAGCGCUACUUCCUGCUCGUUGUCAACGACUACUCGCGUUACACCGCAGUCUUCCCCUUGCGCAGCAAGGGUGAUGUCACUGAGGUGCUGAUCGACUGGAUCCGCGCAGCUCGUCUCCAGCUCACGCAGAGCUUUGGCUCCGACUUUCCUGUUCUGCGUCUGCACUCGGACAGAGGCGGAGAGUUUUUGUCUGGCCUUCUGAGAGCCUACUGUCGCGCACGAGGAAUCCGUCAGACCUUCACGCUUCCGGACUCCCCGCAGUAA